UGUGGGCCUUGACGCUGUUCGUGGGCGUGCUGCUCGUCGAGAUGGUGUCCCUGCGCCACAUGGCGCUCACGCUCAGCGCGGACACGUUCGGCGUCAUCGGCGGCAUUGGCGCGGCCACGGCGGGCGCCGUGUUCUAUGGCAACGCACUCAUCGGGUCCGUGCUCCUGUUCCGGCUGGCGCGACGCUGGCCCCGCCUCAUGGUGUCCUGGGCCAACAUGGAGGACCUGAUGCGCCGCGGACGCGCGCCCAAGCUCAAGCUGCGCAUCGCCGUGCUCUGUGCCUUCGUCAUGGUCAGCGCCCUCGUGGAGCACUUCAUGAGCAUGCUCAACGCAGUGCCCGCCUUCAUCGCGGUGCACUGGCAGGGGCAGCCCCGGCCGGAGAAUGCCGUGGACGACUCGCAGGGGCUGUUCCUCGAGUUCCUGGACGAGUACUGCCACGCCUCGCACGCCUUCAUCUUCGAGCACGUCCAGUACAACCUGUUCACGGGCCUACUCAUCUUCGUCAUGUCCAAGGUGACCACCUUCACGUGGAACUUCGUGGACCUGUUCCUCAUGGUGGUGUCCACGGGGCUGGCGGAGCGCUUCAAGCAGUUCAACACCGUGGUCAUCGAGUCCGACGUGUCGGCCCUCAACAAGGAGGACUGGCGAGAGCUGCGGGAGUACUUCGCCGCGCUGUCGUCCCUCACCAAGAACGUGGACAACAACAUCUGCUCCAUCGUGUUCCUCUCCUUCGGCAACAACCUGUACUUCAUCUGCCUGCAGCUGCUCAACGGAUUGUCCCCCGGCUCCAACUCGUGGCUGUCCACCAUCUACUUCUUCUACUCGUUCGGCUUCCUGCUGGGCCGCACCAUCAUGGUGACGCUCAUCACGGCCAGGAUCAACGACCUGAGCAAGGAGGGCCUGACCGCGCUCUUCAGCUGCCCGUCGGACACCUACAACGUCGAGGUGGCGCGCCUGCAGCACCAGAUGGCGUCGGACGACCUGGCGCUCACGGGGCUGCGCUUCUUCUCCAUCACGAGGAACUUCAUGCUCGCCGUGAGUUAAGAAGCGUUUUGAGCGGCAG